CUUUUUUUUUUUUUUUUUCUUUUUUUUUUUUCUUCCACCGAGCCCCGGGGUUAACGUGAUACCGGCCGGCGACAAGAUGGCGACUCCAGUGAGUGCGCAGUGCUCCAGCAAGACGUGGGAGCUCAGCCUGUAUGAGCUGCACCGCACGCCACAGGAAGCCAUCAUGGACGGUACGGAGAUCGCGGUGUCCCCUCGGAGCCUUCACAGUGAGCUCAUGUGCCCUAUCUGCCUGGACAUGCUGAAGAACACAAUGACAACCAAAGAAUGUCUGCACCGCUUCUGCUCGGACUGUAUCGUCACCGCGCUGCGCAGCGGGAACAAGGAAUGCCCCACGUGCAGGAAGAAGCUGGUCUCUAAACGUUCCCUACGCCCAGAUCCAAAUUUCGAUGCUUUAAUCUCCAAGAUCUACCCCAGCAGAGACGAGUACGAAGCACAUCAGGACCGAGUCCUAGCCAAGCUGAGCCGGCUCCACAACCAGCAGGCUCUGAGCAGCAGCAUCGAGGAGGGCCUUAAAAUGCAAGCCAUGAACAGGGCGCAACGAGUGCGGAAACACCAUCAAGAAUCAGACAACACAACGUUCAGCGGCGGAGAAGACAACUGUGACAGCCGCUCGCAUGUCAGCAAUCCGUCUGUGCACAGCAACCAGGAGGCAGGGCCCAGCCGUAAAAGAUCCCGGGCCUCCGAGGAUUCUGGGGCAGAGCCAGACAUGUCCCACGAGGGCGAAGUGAGGAGUCCGGAUCCACAAGGUGUUGGUGAAGCAGGCAGUGAGAUUGAGCUGGUGUUCAGGGCCCACCCUCUGCUAGUGGAGAAGGACAGCUACAGCCAAACCAGGUUUGUGAAGACCACCGCGAACGCCACAGUCGAUCAUCUUUCCAAAUAUCUGGCUCUUCGCAUCGCCCUGGAGGAGCAAGCGCAGCGAGGUGGAGCAGACGGAGUAACUCUGGGGGAGGUCAGCGAGAAGCAGUACACGAUAUACAUCUGUGCAGGGGCAGCAGGAGGACAGUACACAACUCUGAACGGUUCGUUAACGCUCGAGCUGGUUAAUGAGAAAUAUUGGAAGGUGAGCAAACCCCUGGAGCUGUACUACGCCCCAACCAAGGAGCAGAAGUAAGAGGUGACCCCCCCCCCCCCCCCCCCCUCCAGUGUGGGGAGAUGGAUGGACUGGGGGGAAAAAAGAAUAAGACUGAUGUUUCUGCUGUGUGGGAGCGUGCGUCUCACUGGGGAGGGACCUAUGGCGAAUGGAGGGCGGCAUUUGGAGACCCCUCCCGCAUAGAUGAGGGUGUGACUGGCACCAUUACAGCCACCCUGGUGAAGGAGCACAAUGAAGCAGAGCGACGUGAUGGACCCCGCCGUGUUGGCAUCAGCAGGACUCUACCCGGCGGCAGCUUUGCUUCCCCAAUCUGUAUCAUAAGUGUCAAUCCGGCAUCCAGCACACGUUCCACCUGCAUCAUCCUCAUCCGCUGUGCUCCUUGGUCCUGUGUGGAAUCUCAUUAAUUUAUAUGACAUAUUCUAUAUUCUGCUGGUAUUUUCCUAAGAUUGUCAUAGUUUUUUAUACUAGAACGUUUACUUUUUAGAAUUUUCUUUGCUUUUUUUUGUGUUUGGGGAAAAAAAAAAAAAAAUGUCGGCAGCAAUAUAUACUUUCUUUACCGAG